UCGAUCUUUGACUUUAGAUGAUUUCCAAUCAUCACCGUUUACUUUUAGCUUCGUCUGUUGCUUGUGGAGUUCAAUGACAGGCUUCGAGGCCGUUGGAAUGCGGAAAGUGUGAGUCAUGUCUGUUUUGCGAAGACGGUGAGAGUGAAAGCAAAGACUUGGGAACGCAAGUAGUCCUUUGGCCGGCAAGAGAAGUGUGGUGCUGGCCGAAUGUGCGUCUCUCAACCUGAUCGCAAAGGAAGCUUGUGUCCACCGCUCUCGAGCAGCCAUGGACCCGAAGGAAAAGCAGAGGAUGAUAUCCAUGAUAAGCGACUACAACGCUUACAAAUCCAGUGGUGGUCGCCUGUAUGAGAUCACAGUUGAGCGAGACACCGACGCUGACUUUGUGUGCAAAGGUGUCCUGCGAUUAUACUGGGACAUCCAGAGACCUAUCGUCCUGAAUAAGGAGGCUACAUCUUCGUUUGUGCAGAAGAGGGAGCGCUCCUCGAACAUCGUGGGUAGACCUGCCGGCCGGAUGAGAAGAGAGGAGAGCAAGUCAGAGGAGACCAGUGCUAGUGGGGUUUCACAAAUGGCUGGUAAGGCCUUUGCCAACGACACAAUCACAGACAUUUCACCGCGGUCAAAGGCAAAGGGAGCGCAACCGGAGCAUAUCUCCCCGAUUGCCAGACCCACACGAGCUCGCACAGAGACUGCAGGCUCGGCGGCAAGCCAUAGCAAAGCAAAGGUGCUGGGGCGCCGCCGAUCAUCUGACCAGUCGGAAUCGCUGUUUGAAAAUGCUCCUCCUCUGUCUCCUUCAGGUCGCAUCAGUCCUAUGGCGCAGAUAGACAAGUGUCGUCUGGGAAAGGUGGAAAGCGCUGGUCCUGCACAGACUCGGACCCAUAUCGGCUUGCAUUUGCCGUUCGAGUUUGCGCGCAGCAGCAGCGUCGGUUCACCCCUCAGAAGCAACUCGUUUGGAGCGGCUGACAAAAAGCAGCGUCAGAAGGAUAGCGUUGCCACGCCUCGAAUCCGCACCAAGAGCAGCACUGAGAACGCGUCGCCAAAGCUGGGCAACACCAGCUCCCGGCUGUUCAGUCCCGGUAGGCCGAACAGCAUUGAAAGCCCACUAAGACCCACCAGCAGCAACAGCAAUGUAGCCAGCUCCGCGGCACUGCGUACACGCAACGGAUCAAACUUGUCUCGCGUGUUUACGAGCAGCUUCAAGCGUCCCAAGUCUAUGAAGCCCGUCAUUACGCCAGGUCAAAAAGAUCGGUCUGCGACAGUAGCAGCAACAGCAGGACCAGCAGUGCCAGUAUUAACCAAGGGCAGGGCAUUACAGGCGUCUAACAGUGCUACUCUGCUGGAUCCAGCCAGCUCGCUCUCGGCACCAGGUGCUUCUGGCGUAGUAUCGUCGCCAUCGAGCUUGGUGUCACCACCCGAUGGGCUUGAACUCUUACCCAAGCCUGUCAAGAAGCGUGGCACAUCGUUCCGUAAGAGCUUUCAGCGCAGCAUAUCGCCAAAGCGGAGGCAAAGCCUACAAUCCGAUGAGGUGACAGAAUGUGACAUACCUACCAAUAGUGGCAGUAAGGAUACUCUACCCUCACCAGGAGCAGCAACGGCGGCAACCAAAACGUCAGGAACGACUACAGCUGCGCAAUCGUCAUCAUCAUCAUCAUUGCCAGCAUCUGCAAUUGCUGUACCUGCGCCAUCAUUAACCGCUACGGAAGGAAUUGACAAGAGCUUGGCUGCUUGCAGUGGUGGUGGUGGUGGUGGUGGCAGCCGUCUGGGUAAUUUCCUUAGCCGGCCCCGCAUCUCAUUCCGAUUACGUCGUAAUAAUCCGUCCCGGACAGACAGCAUGGACUCAGUUUCUAAGCUGGACAGCGUAGCAUGUUCUCCGCCACCCAGCAGUAUUGGUGCGGAGUCGCUCGCCGAGUUCUACCAGCCGCCCAAGGGAUCUGUAACCAACAUUCGGGCAACUUCUGACAUGACUGUCUCUGAUAUUAUCAGUGCAACGCUAAGCAAGCUGAAUGCGGUGGAUGAGCCGUCGCGCUUUGCCAUCUUCUCCAUUGACGACACUGGCACGGUCAAGAUCAUCCAAGAUGACGUGUGCAUGCUACUAUAUCGCAUUCGCCUCGGUCCCAAAGAGGACGUCUGUAAGCUGUUCAUCAUGGAACGCAACACAAGCGAUGCACAGGACUUCUCCGCCGAGGUGAUGCAGUAUUACCACCUCGGCAUGCCCUUCCUGGAGCGUCUCGUCACGGCCUACCAAGCGGAAGAGGAGCGCGAGAUUGAUCGCAUCCGUCUCAAGUUUGCCGACAAUCGACGACGUCUGGAGAAGAAGCUGGAGACAGCGGCGAAAGCAGAGGUCAUUGAAGUGGACGAACCCUCGACAUGACAGUAGUGGAUUUGUUGUGGAAGCGGCAACUGGGUACUAGUGACAUGAGCGAGAGACUAUGCCCUUUGUACAUGGUUUCUACUGAAUUCGUUCCUCACAGGACACAUAUUGUAAUCGGUCAAGGUGUUGCCACGCCACUUAACAAUAUUUCAUCAUAACAGCUCCAUCCUUACUACUCAUGAAUACUUUGCUUGGUUUGGAGCCGAAAUUCGUCAUGAAAGUCACGAGAUUUUUCACGAAAUGCCAACACAUACAUUCUUCAUUCGUAGUCUUUAGCUAGUAUCUAUCUAUUUAUUUAUUAUUUAUUUAUUUAUUGCUUCAUGCCUCCUUCCCAGACUAUUUUCCUAUUUUUUUUUAACAUACUGGACUGCAGUCCUUACUAACAACAAUCGGUUCCAAGCCAUCAGUAUAAUACUCCACUGCGCCCGUUCAGUGUCGCGCUCUGCAAAAGAUGAUAUAGUUCUCUUUACAGUGUCUUGUUGCAAUGUGUAGUACAUAUAUAUGUGUAGUACAUAAUAUAUGUGUAGUACAUAUAUAUGUGUAGUACAUAUAUAUGUGUAGUGUGUAGUGUGGUAACUGGUAUCAAGGAUUUGUUUGCUAAAUAAUCAAUUUGAAGAAAAAUACACUUGACCUCUCGUCUAACUUUAUUUUUAUUACUUUCCGUUCUGUACAGCGUAGUAACCAUCGGUCACUGUCUUUGGAGCUUGUCUUCUCGUUUUG